GGUGCUACUGUGUCCCUCUCGGAGACAGUGCAGAAAUGGCGAGAAUAUCGGCGCCAGUGCCAGCGCUUCCUGACGGAGGCCCCGCCCCCAGCCACAGGCCUGUUCUGCAACCGGACCUUUGAUGACUAUGCCUGCUGGCCAGACGGGCUGCCCGGCUCCUUCGUGAAUGUCAGCUGCCCCUGGUACCUGCCCUGGGCCAACAGCGUGCUGCAGGGUCACGUGUACCGGUUCUGCACAGCCGAUGGCCUGUGGUUACACAAGGACAACUCCAGCCUGCCCUGGAGGGACCUGUCAGAGUGCAAGGAGUCCAAGCAAGGGGAGAGAAGCUCCCCAGAGGACCAGCUCCUGUCCCUUUACAUCAUCUACACAGUGGGCUACGCACUGUCCUUCUCUGCUCUGGUCAUCGCCUCGGCCAUCCUCCUCAGCUUCAGACACCUGCACUGCACCCGGAACUAUAUCCACCUGAACCUGUUUGCAUCCUUCAUCCUCCGAGCACUGUCCGUCUUCGUCAAGGACGCAGCCCUCAAGUGGAUGUACAGCACGGCUGCCCAGCAGCACCAGUGGGACGGGCUCCUCUCCUACCAGGACUCUCUAGGCUGCCGCCUGGUGUUCCUGCUCAUGCAGUACUGCGUGGCAGCCAAUUACUACUGGCUCCUGGUGGAAGGCGUGUACCUGUACACGCUGCUGGCCUUCUCAGUCUUCUCCGAGCAGCGCAUCUUCCGGCUGUACCUGAGCAUAGGCUGGGGUGUUCCCCUGCUGUUUGUUAUCCCCUGGGGCAUUGUCAAGUACCUCUAUGAGGAUGAAGGCUGCUGGACCAGGAACUCAAACAUGAAUUACUGGCUCAUUAUUCGGCUGCCCAUUCUCUUUGCCAUUGGGGUGAACUUCCUCAUCUUUGUCCGGGUCAUCUGCAUUGUGGUGUCCAAACUGAAAGCCAAUCUCAUGUGCAAGACGGACAUCAAGUGCAGACUUGCCAAGUCCACACUGACACUCAUUCCCCUGCUGGGGACCCAUGAGGUCAUCUUUGCCUUCGUGAUGGACGAGCACGCCCGGGGGACACUGCGCUUCAUCAAGCUGCUCACAGAGCUCUCCUUCACCUCUUUCCAGGGGCUGAUGGUGGCCAUUUUGUACUGCUUUGUCAACAAUGAGGUCCAGAUGGAGUUUCGGAAGAGCUGGGAACGCUGGCGGCUCGAGCACUUGCACAUCCAGAGGGACAGCAGCAUGAAGCCCCUCAAGUGUCCCACCAGCAGCCUGAGCAGCGGGGGCACGGUGGGCAGCAGUGUGUACGCGGCCACCUGCCAGGCCUCCUGCAGCUAAGACUCCAGCACCCGCCCGCUGCCCUCCCUAGGGGCUCACUGCUGCUGGGUGGCCAUGGCAGCUGGGGGAGGGAGGCACACAGGCACACACACAUCCCUGCUUCCCUUCCCCUACCCAUCAGACAGGCAAAUGGGCAGUGCCUCCCGGGACCCGUGGACACAUUUUCUCUGAGGAGAAGCAGCCUGGUAAUUUGAUCACUGUGGCGGGAGGAGAGGAAAAAACAAUUGCUGCUAAAAUGAGGAUUUCUUCCCGUCAAGCCACAGGCCCCUGGGGUUCCCCCAGACAGAGCAGCAAAUCAGCCCCAGACUCAAACUCGAGGUCAAUGGCGUAUUAAUGGAACUGAGGCUUGUCAGAGGAGGUGGUUCUGAAGGAGGCUGAUAGGCCCCCAGCCAAACAAAGAGCUUGGGUUUGGCCCAGGUUGGGAUCACCACCCGCAUCUGUCUUCUCAUUAAGGAAUAGUGUUCACGUGUCCGGGUGGCUUGUUCCUCUCAGCUUGCCCCUUCAUCUCACCACCCAGCUGCUCUUUGGGAGGCUUUGUUUGGACCAUGACCAGCAGCUCUUUCUAGAAAUGACUGUGGGCGAUGUCAAGAGUGAACAUUGAGAGGGUGCCUGUAGGUUUCCUUUGCUGGUGCCCACUUCUCCCCUGGGUCUUUGGGUGGCUUUGGUGCCUGCUCCUGCCACGCCCAGGGAACCAGAGCAGGCCCUCUGCGGAGGCGCCCAGCCCUGCGUAUGAGCUCUGAAUUCUAUUCUAGAGAUGCUCAAGACUCCUCUGGGGCUCAUCUAGGGAACUUUAGGAAGGUCUGCACCUGCCUCUGUCGGGAACCCAAAGGCCUGAGAGAGAGUGUCUCCACCUCACCAUGGAAAUCCUUUUUAUUUCAGAGCAGAUUCUGUGUCUUGCAUGGGAGUUUGGGGGUGCCCUCUAACUUUAGGGAAUGUGACCAAGAAGAGACUCUUGUGGCGCAACUACCAGUCCCCACUGUUACCAUGGAGAUAGGCUUCCCCUGCCCUGGGUUUCUUCCCUUUGAAAUCCCCCCACUUGGGAGCUUGUAUAGACUUUAUUCAUUUUUCUUUCUUGCUGUGAAUCGUCUGUAUGUGCAAAUGUACAAUUCUGUUCUCUCCCACCUGAUGAAAA